AGGCCGAAUAAAAUAAAGCUUAGAAUCGUGGAGAUUGGAAAAGGCUUGCUCUUUCUGCACAAGAAAUGAUGUAUCACUGCGCGAUAUACUGUGGGCAACUCUUCCACCAUUUUAAAUCUACCACUAGCACUAGGACUGGUACCAGCUUACUAGCACUGGUACUGGCUAGGGUCGUUAAAAAUUGUCAUCGAAAGUGGGCUUUCUUUUCUGAAUCGUUAAUAUCAAGGUCCCACACUAAAACAACCAUUGCAGGGCCACUGUACAGUUGGGGUUGGUUGGUUCUUUGUCCCCGUUCACAACCUGCGCGUGGCAUAGCUAUUUUUCCAUGUCUGCUCUUUUUCUUUUCAAUUUAUGACGGGAAAUAGAAGCACAGUGCCACCUUAUGCUUAAUGCUUUGCUCUCUCUCUCUCUCUCUCUCUCUCUCUCUCUCUGUGUGCUCUGUGACGAUGGAAAGUGGACUCCCCAUGCUUAACUGUCUCUUGCAGCACACAUUGAGGACCCUAUGCUCAUAUUCCGAUUCAUCUAAUUCUUCGAAGUGGGUUUACGCAGUCUUUUGGAGGAUCUUGCCUCGGAAUUAUCCUCCUCCAAAGUGGGAUUAUGGAGGUGGUGCUCUUGAUCGCUCCAAAGGAAACAAAAGGAACUGGAUUCUUGUUUGGGAAGAUGGGUUCUGUGACUCCUUUGAAUGCGAGCAAGCCGGGAAUGGAUACAUUAAGGGAAGGUUUGGAGCUGAUGUAUUCUUCAAGAUGUCACACGAAGUUUACAAUUACGGAGAAGGAUUAGUGGGGAAAGUGGCAGCAGAUAAUAGCCAUAAAUGGGUCUUCAGAGAUACUUCAAAUGAAGGUGAUCCUGGCUUCAUUUCCUCAUGGAAUGUAUCCAUUGAACCACAACCAAGGGCCUGGGACUUUCAAUUCAAAUCAGGCAUUCAGACUAUAGCAAUCAUAUCGGUUAGAGAAGGCAUAAUUCAAUUGGGCUCAUUUGAUAAGAUUGUGGAAGAUCUCAAUCUGGUGAUCAGCAUACAGAGGAAAUUCAGCUACCUCCAGAGCAUACCAGGUGUGUUCGCCAUGCAAAGACCAUAUCUACCAAUCCAACAUCCCUACAUCCUCAAACCAAAUAACCAGAUAAUUGAAACUCAUGAAGCAGCAGCUUUAUCAGUCUAUGAGAAGCGCCAAUUAACUGGGAUGAAAAGAUUGUUCAGCGAAGUGGGUGAUGAUUCUCCCAUUAAGUCCAUCAAUUUGGGUUGGAACGCACCACAGAAUGGCACAGGCACAGCAGGAUCACCAAUAUGGUCAAUUCCACCUCUGCUACCUUCCAUGUCAUGCAGCCUUGGAGCACUUCUAACGAAGCUGCCUUCUGUGGUCCCGUCCUAUAGCAACAUUGAUACCAGAGACACGGCUAUGCUUGUGGCUAACAACAGCAACAAUUCUACGGGCCAAAUAAUGAAGAUUAAUAAUAAUGGUGGCAAUGUAAAGGUGGAGUCAUCGUGUCAUUUUGAUGCAGCUGAAGAAAAAAUGCGCUGUCCCUCCCUAAACCCCAAUGUAGGCAGAGAAGUAGGCUCGGGAUUUGGACCCUCGAGGGAGGGAGAGACCCAGAGUCAGAGUGAUGCUCUAAAACUUAAUUAAGUAGGAAAGGGUGCAGUGUGGGGUUCAACAACUGUGGCUAUCCCUAUCCUUUGAAGGAGUGGUAUUCCACCAUAUGCGAUGGUCCCCCAAACAAAUUGAAGAUGAAAAAAAUGACUAGAGAUGGUGGAGUUGGAUCAUGAUGUUGCAUGCGACAUAUGGCAUCCAUCUCCCGGCAAAAUGGACGGUCCCCAACCUCAAUCUUCUGAUAUUUUUUUAAUUGCUCAAAAUGACGUAUUGAUUGGUUUUUUGAAACUUUGAAAGCGGCUAAUCAGUCUUCGUUUUAAAUUAGAAUAAUAGGUUUGGUGUGUAAGAAAGUAUUUGAUUUUCCAUAUUGUUCAACCUUCAUACUUGUCCAUAAUUUUCCGUAUUCCUCCUUUAAGCUGGAUAACUAAUCCUUCUGAUAAGCACAAGGUUAAACCCAGAAGUUAAAAAUAUUUGUUUUUUAACAUAUACUGGGUAAAUUUGCCUAGACAUGCACUUAAAGUUCACCUCUCAGUCCCAGCAAUUGCUUUUUCCAACUGUUAUAUUAUUUGGAUGGCUUUGAUAGAAGAUACUAAAUGGAUCACUCAUUAGUUUUUUUAAUUUUAUUUUUUUUAAUUUUACUUUUCUACAGAUAAGUGUUCUUUAAUAUAUAGGACCCAUUUAUUUGACGAUUUUGAAUAGCAGUCCCUGUUUUUAUUGUUGAAUCACUCCCCAAACAGAAAAGCCAAUUUCUUUUUGGAAAACGAGUGGGAGCACCUUAAACACUGCCAACUUUACGACUUGAAGAAAAGGCCACGAAGACUGUUUAGUCUCGACAAAAGUACCAACAAAGUUUACACAAUGGUGGUGUUAUGUGAAUUUGGGGUUGGCAUUUCCAUUGAAAGUAGAAAGUAUCUAGCAGAUACAUAGAAAAAUAAAGAGAAAAAUAAAAGAAAAUAUCUAGCAGAUACGUAAAAAAAUAAAGAGAAAAAUAAAAGAUUAACUUACUGGAUAGACCUUAUUUUAAGAUCCGUUUAUAUGAACCCUCGAAUUUUCUCAUUUUCUCAGAACGGCCGAUUGUGGAAAGCAUUAAUGGGUUGUUUUGGAAGUUCAUUUGUGGAGAGAGUAGUAGACACGUACGGUUGUCCAAUUUUCCAAGAGCGGCAUCCUACUUUUGACAUUUCCAUCUAAAUUUAGGAUACAGCUGGUAGGAUUUGAUAGUUGAGACAGCCAAGACUGUAGCCUUUAAUUCUUCAAGACGCAAAUCAUAUCAAAUAUUAUAUUGGAUACUCCAGACGCAUGGCAUUCCCAAUUUCCCAUUUCUUUUUUUUCUGCUUUGCUUUGAAGAGUUGCGACACUUCCAAUUUUCCCAAGAUUUGGGGAGGGGCAUGUUUUUAUCUACAAGUUAAAACGUCGCUCAAUUACACUUUUCCACUCUAAAUCAUAAUUUAGUCGUGACACCUCCCCAAUAUUUCAUGUUCCCAACAGGUGAACUGUUGAUCAAUGUUUACAUACUAUGGAUACGCAUACCGCCUAAAAGACAAAAGGGUUAAAACUGGUAUGCCCUCCUUAAAAGUUUUUACUUUUGUGCUAACCAAAAAGGAUUCCAUUGAACCUAAAUGAAAGAGAGUACGGAUGGAAAUUCUCCUGAAGCAAGCAGGGCGUAGAGCGAUUCAUUCUCUUUCAGCAAACAAUCAUCUAUAAUGAUUAAUAUAUAAUGUUGAUUUCUCUACCAAGAAUAAUGAUUAUGAUAAACAGCUAAUAUCCAGAACACCAAGGCAUCAUGGCCUAACCAUUUCAGCUAUGCAUUGUGACAUAUUAAUUUAUAUCUUAUCAAAACUUAUUUUUGGGUAAUGCGAAAAAGUGUGUGCACAUUAGCACUGAAAAAGCUUAGAGAACCAUAAAAUGAUAAGCAACUGAUAAAAGCCAAUUGUCAUUUAUGACUGAAUUUACACAGGAUUUUAGAAACGGAAAACAAUCUGUCUCUGGCUGCAGUUCAAAUGCAACAUAUUAAUACAGUGCUAUAUACAGAUAAGCAGCAUAAAUAAUCUAAAACAGUCCAUCCGUCUAAAUAUAUAGAUGGCAUAAAUGGGAUUAUGCAGCGUAUUAAAGCAACAAGGAGAAACCAGCAUGCUGUAACUGUUUGAUCCUUCCUUGUUUCUGUUUAUGCAGCAUGACAAAAGCAACAAGGAGAAACCAAGACCCUCCCAACUUUUAGAUCCAUCCUUGUCCUUGUCACUGCUGCACAAAUACCUUAGUGCUUACUUAAGCACUGCCCCUGAAGCCGAAUUUUCCAAAAGGAAAGUGAGAUUUAGCAGCAGUGCGCUUCAAUGCCUUCACUCCUAAUGGAUUGUCCUUGCUC